AUGUCCGCUCCAGAAGCUAACGAUGUCAUUUCUUUCAAGGACCGAGCAACGGCCGAUCAGGCCAAACCCCACAACGAUCUCCUUGUCAUCGAGCUGACGAUCCAAGACAUCGACGUAGCGAGAGUGUUGGUCGACUCCGGAUGCUCGGCCAAUAUUAUCUACAAAGGCACCCUCGAAAGAAUGGAGAUCGAUCUGUGCGCCGUUACGGAAAGACCCAGCCCGAUAUUCGGACUCUCGGGAAAUGCUACUAUGACUCUAGGCUCGACCGACCUCGUUGUUAAAGCCGGGAGUGUCACCAAAGUCACGGAAUUCUUAGUCAUCGACCGCCCAACAUCGUACAACGCGAUCGUCGGUACUCCAUGGCUGAAUUCCAUGCGAGUGAUCCGUUCGACAUUCCUUCUGUGCCUUAAGUUUCCAACCCCUCGUGGAGUCGAAACUAUACAAGGAGACCGCAGGAUGUCGCAAAAAAGAAAGCUUACUCUCGAUGAGAACGCCCCAGAACGAGACUCGGAAGUCUUCUGGCAAUCUCAAAGGGCCGAAGCUCUAGAAGGUAAGCGCGAACCGACUUGCGAACCGGUAAUUUCGAUCUGCCUCGACGAAUCCUCUCCGAAACGAUGUGUCGAGAUUGGAGCCAACCUCCGCAAGCCACUAAAGACAGAGCUCAUCGCCUGUCUCAAAAAGAACCUCAAUGCGUUUGCUUGGGCCGCGGAAGAUAUGCCAGGGAUCGAUAUCGGCAUAACGUGUCAUGAGCUUGACAUCGAUCCGACCUACAGACCCGUCAAACAAAAAAGGCGGAAGCUAGGACCGGAGCGUGCCACCGCGAAAAACGGCAAAUGGCGAGUAUGCGUUGAUUUCACCGAUCUCAACAAGGCCCGUCCAAAGGAUUGCUUCCCACUCCCGCACAUCGACCGACUGGUCGAAGCAACAGCAUGGAACAAACUCUUGUCAUUUAUGGAUGCCUUCUCCGGGUACAAUCAGAUCAUGAUGAAUCUCGACGAUCGUGAGAAAACUGCGUUCAUCACCGAUCGGGGAACAUAUUGCUACAAAGUAAUGCCUUUCGGUCUCAAGAAUGCAGGCGCCACUUACCAGCGACUUGUCAAUCAAAUUUUCUCCGAACAGCUCGGCAAGACUAUGGAGGUAUACAUCGAUGACAUGCUCGUAAAGUCUCUUGACGAGCACGACCACGUCUCCCAUUUGGAGGAGUGCUUUGCAAAACUUAACGCCCACAACUUGAAACUGUACCCUGCAAAGUGUAGAUUCGCGGUGGCAUCAGGGGAAUUUCUCGGGUACCUAGUCACGUGUCGUGGGAUCGAAGCCAAUCCUAAGCAGAUAAACGCGUUAAUAGAGAUGGUCUCGCCAAGGACGAAACGGGAAGUCCAAAGGCUAACCAGAAGAGUCGCGGCGUUGAACCGUUUCAUCUCGCGCUCGACAGAUAAGUGUCUUCCUUUCUACGACACGCUGAAAGGGAAUAAGAAGUUCGAAUGGUCGGAGGAAUGUGAGAAAGCUUUCCAACAGCUAAAACGUUACCUAGCCAUUCCUCCCGUCCUCGCAAAACCAGUGGAGGGAGAACCCUUGUUCCUGUACAUCACAGUCUCCACAACAGCAGUAAGCGGCGUUUUGAUUAGAGAGGAACGCGGUGAGCAAAAACCAAUCUUCUACAUAAGCAAAACGUUACUGGACGCUGAGACCCGGUAUCCCGUGAUGGAGAAACUAGCAUUCGCAGUUGUGAAAUCGGCAAGGAAACUCUGGCCGUACUUUCAGUCGCAUACCAUAACAAUCCUCACCACCUUGCCCAUGCGAACGAUCUUGCACAGUCCGAGUCAGUCAGGACGACUCGCAAAAUGGGCAAUCGAACUAAGCGAGUAUGACGUGGAGUACCACCCAAGAACCUGCGCAAAAUCUCAAGUACUAGCGGACUUCUUGGUAGAAUUGCCCACGGGGGAUAUGACAAACACGGAACCGGACUCAACCUGGAUCCUUCACGUCGACGGAUCAUCGUCCAAACAAGGAUCCGAGAUCGGAAUCCGGCUCACGUCUCCGACCGGCGAAGUCUUGGAACAGUCUUUCCGAUUGGAAUUCCAUGCGUCGAACAACGAGGCCGAAUAUGAAGCACUCGUCGCAGGAUUACGAUUCGCCCAUGGGCUUAAGAUCCGCAACAUUCACGCUUACUGUGACUCUCAGUUAGUCGCAAAUCAGUACAGCGGAGAAUAUGAAGCGAGAGACGAAAGAAUGGAUGCAUAUCUAAAACUCAUCCAAGACCUCUCCCGAGACUUCAACCACUUCGCCCUCACUAGGAUUCCUCGCUCGGAAAACACUCAGGCGGAUGCCUUGGCCGCACUCGCAUCAAGUUCGAAUUUUGGACUAAGACGAGUAAUCCCCAUCGACUUCAUCGAACACCCAAGCAUCGGACCACCAGUGGUCGCCAAUCUGAUUCGAGCACAAAUCGAAAAUGCGGAGGAAUUCGAAGACCCACCAGAAGAAAACGUGGAUCAGUCGGAAUACGGCUGCGACAGCCCAUGGAUAGAGCCAAUCCGAGCAUACAUAAUCAACAGAACGCUUCCCACUGAGAAAUGGGCGGCCCGCAAAAUCAAGGCCCAGGCCGCGCGAUAUGUAAAGGUAGAAGGAGAAAUCUACAAAUGA